AAGUGAGUAUGAGGUAAACUGCAUAAACUUAAAGUACCGCAGAGAUGAAACUUAAACCAGGAAGAAACAUGCCAUCAGUGUACUUGAUGGGAACACGUGUAUCAUGUGAAUAGAAAAUGACAAAAACAGCCCUCCUUAAAUUACUUUUGGCAAUAGUGAUCAUGUUCAUUUUAACUUUGCCGGAAUAUUUCAAGACACCAAAAGGAAACGUAUUGGAGCUAUCAUGUUUGGAAGUGUGUUUACAACACAAUUUCACCUAUUCAUUCUCCUCUUUAAAAUUUCCUUUCGUGACUUUUCUGCAACCAAGAAGAGAAACUCAGACUAUUAUGGGAAUCUUUCUAAAUCACUCCAGCUUUCAAAAUGUCACCAGGAUUUGCCAAGACAUCACAAGUGAAUUUAAAAUUUGCUCCUCGUGUUUGGCUUGUGAGUCCAAAGGAAACACGGAUUUUAUUUCUCAGGAACAAACAUCAAAAGUUCUGAUCAUGAAAGGAUCAAUGCAAGUGAAGGCAAAUGAUCUUCACUCACCUUGUCAACGUUUUAACUUCACUGUAAUGCCUUCAGCUGACCGCUUGGAGGAAUAUAACAGCACCUGCAACCUAAAAACCCGCACUAGAAGGUCAGCCACCAAAGAGGAAGACCCCACCAAGGAAACGUCCAUAAACCACACCUGUAGAAUUAUGGAACACCCAAAUAAUUGUAUUAACAUUUCUUUGUACUUAGAAAUGGAUGUAAAAAGUUUUAUUUGUUCCAUGAAGAUCACUUGGUAUGUUCUAGUUCUAUUAGUUUUUAUAUUUUUGUUCAUCCUCAUUAUCCACAAAAUACUUGAAGGCCACAGGAGAGUGAAGAAGUGGCAAAGUCAUAAAUACAAAUCUACAUCUGUUCUCUUAAGAGGAAGUGAUUCUGAGAAACUUCGAACCCUGAACGUGCGGGUUAUUUCAGCAGAGACCACGCAGAGGCUGCCUUUGGCCCAGGUCAAGGACGUGCUUCCUCCAAUACCAGAACUAGAAGCUACUUCCACAGCGCAUCAGCAAGAUCAACACACACGACAAUCUCUAUGAUUUCCUCUGGACAAUCUAGACUGAACCCUUUUGAAGAGUACUCAUACUUUCAUUUUGGGAAUGAGGUAACUGGUAAACAUUCGGUCCAGCUGAGGAUGCACAAUAGAACCAGUAGGAAUGCUGACUGGUGGACGGAAACUAACGCGAGAGCACUCAUUUGACCCAGGAGAUUAAAGGAAUGAGUUUUUUCAGGAAGCCAUUAUGAGUCUCAUGGAAAACAAGCUGAUGAAACUGGUGGAAACAGUAAAAGAAUGCUUACUCUCUUUGUUUAUCCAUGUUUAUACAGCCUACAACAGCCCCAAGAUUUUGAUUUUGAGGAACCAAAAACAACAUUGAGGAGGAAAAUCCCUCCUCUCACUGGCCCACAUUGUAGAUCCUGAUUUGAUGAGUUUGCCUUUUCAGAUGGACGAUUUCUAUUUGGCAAAUUGCUUAAGAGGACCAGGGUUGUUUGUUUAUACAUUCGUUUGCAUUUAUAAAUAUUGCUUCCUUUUGGCACUGGAAUUUUUUUAAAAAUUCAAAGAUACCAAAAUAAAAGGAAUUUAAGUGGAA